AUGGAUUCUGAUUACGACGUUAUUUGUAAAUUAUUGGUCAUUGGUGAUAGCUCCGUUGGAAAAAGUUGUAUGCUUUUGAGGUAUAGUGAUGAUAGGUUUUUAGAGAAUCACAUGGCAACUAUUGGAGUGGAUUUCAAAUUGAAAAAAGAGACUGUAGGAAACUACAAGGCAAAAAUUCAGAUUUGGGAUACAGGUAAGCAUAUUAUGAUGGCAAUAGUGGAACAAUUAAAUCAAUCGAACAAUAUCAUUAACUAA